AAAGGGAAAAGGGAAAAGGCAGGCCUCUGCAGGCAGGAGAGUGUGAUUCAGGGCAGGGCAGAGGGAGGGAAAGAGAGAGGCCCGCCCUCUAGUAGGAAAUGAGACCGGGCUGCAGUCAGCCGGAGGCCCCAGCGUGCCAGAGCCAAGAGCCCAGGUGCGGUCGAGAACCUCAGCUACAGGAUGUUGACAACACUGCUGUCCCUGCUGCCACUACUGCUCCUGCCCCGCUGGGCCCUCUGCAGCCAGGAAGCCUCAGAUGGCCCGCGGUACCUCCACAUGAUCCAGGUCUCCUACUUCCGCAACCCCUCUCAAGUGUGGCACCGGGGCAACGCGACGCUGGGGGGAGUCCUGACGCACGUUCUGGAAGGCCCGGGCAACAACGUCUCGAUCCAACAGCUGCAGCCCUUGCAGGAGCCCGAGAGCUGGGCUCUCACAAAGAACAGCCUGAAUCGCUACCUGCAGGAGUUCCUGGGCCUGGUGCAGGUGGUGCACCACGAGCGGGGCGUGGCCUUUCCUCUGACCAUUCGCUGCUUCCUGGGAUGUGAGCUGCCUCCUGAGGGCUUGAAAGCCCGUGUCUUCUUCGAAGUGGCUGUGAAUGGGAGCUCCUUUAUGAAUUUCCAACCGAAGACAGCCUCAUGGACAGCAGGGCCUCAGGCACCUUCCAGUGUGGUCACCUACGCCCUGGAGCAGCUCAACAAGUACAAUCGUACUCGGUACGAACUGCGGGAAUUUCUGCAGGUCACCUGUGUGCAGUACGUGCAGAAACACAUCACCGGGAACAACUCGAAAGGAAGCCAAAUAGGCCGCUCCUACACUUCGCUGGUCCUCGGCAUCCUGGUGGGCUGUUUCAUCAUCACUGGAGUGGCUGUAGGCAUCUUCUUGUACACAGGUGGACGGCGGCGGUGUUAAUUACUCUCCAGCCCUCUCUGGAAAAGAGCUAGACUGAUGGGGGCUGGCAAAGGAAGAUCUCAGCUCACUGCAAAACUGUACAGUUUCUCUAUCUGGGACAUUAUACUCCAGAAGAUUUAGAGUGGCAGCUCAUUUCUUCUCCAAGAUCCGCCCACCAAGAGUUUGAGGGAGGGGAGGGGAGGAGCCUAGGUAGACAGGGUAGUUGGUUUGCUAAGAACCUAAGAACUGGCACCUUUGCUGAAUUGGUCUGAGAAGUGAAUGCUUAUCUAUAUUUGUGGAAAACAGAUGAUGGAGUUGGGGCAACAGAGGUGGUCUGUGGCCCACCCAUCUUGCAAAGACAGAAUCACCUGAGGCGUUCAAAACACAUAACCAAAUAAAACAAGUCAUCCACAACCCAAACAACCAACAUUCAGUGCUUCCGGGUAUGUUAGACUUGGGAAGGGACACUGGUAUUAUACAAUAGAGGUAGAAAUAACCAGAGAAAUGAUGGAAGUGUGCAAUCGAAGUAAUAUGGGAGCAAGGAAUUAUUAAUUAAUCAAUUAAUAAUAACAUUAAUAAAAUUCCUUGCUUAUGUAUACACCAUUAUUAUUUCCUCUACUUUGCAAAACUUUGGGGAAAGUAGCCUAUACCCUUUGCUUCUGCUUCCUCCCCUCCCACUCUCUCUUCAACCCAAUCUGACUUCUCUGUAAACUGCUCUAAGAUCAUCAAUGACCUCUAAUUGUGAAACCUUCAUCUUCCAUGAUAUCUGCAACAUUUCACUUUAUGGACUAGGACUCUCUUUUUACCCCAACUUCUGAGAUAGCAUACUUCUCAUCUUUAAAAACUGUUCUGGCUGCUCAGUCAAUCCCUUUGCCUAUGUCGUCUUCCCCAAUUCACCUUUGAAAUAUUGACUUCCUUAGAAUUCCUUUUUUUGGCUCCUUUUGUUCCCCUUUAAACUGUACCCUUUCUGGUGACCUACUAACUUCCAUGACUUCAAAUACUGUCUCUAUGUGGUGGUUUCCAUGGGGAAACAAUGUCAUGGUGUCUUUGAGAGCAUGUGUUUUGUCAUAAGACAGGCUCGAGUUUUACCUCUAUGAGCCAGGCAUUUAACUUCUUCAAGUCUUAGUUUCUUCAUAAACAAAAGGUAUAAUAAAAUAUACAAAAAGGGUAUAAUAAAAACAAUACCUAUCUCAUAGAGGCAUUAUGAGUAUUAAAUGAGAUAAUAUAUAUAAGGUAAUAUAUAUAUACUCAAUAAAUAUAGUCCUUGCUGCUGACCUCCAGACCCCCCCAUUUGCCUUGCUUCUUGAAAAUCAUCUGUACCUUAAUAUUUUGCAGACAUUUCAGAGUCAACAUGUUCAAAAUGAAAUUCCAUAUCUGUCUCCCCAAACCUGGUCUCCCUCUUCUGUUUACUCUCAGUUAAACAGAAUUACCAUCAAAUCAUAUCAAUGUAGAGACUUCACUGUUAACCUUUAUUUACUCCCUUUAUUUACUCUGACCCACUGUAUUUCUGAUGAGCUGUGUUCAUUCCAGAGCUCCUCACCAGGUUGGCUGGGUCUCUGUUGGAUCUACACUACAGUCUGAUUUCUUCCUCUAUUCAAUCCUGCUUCCUCCCCCUAGUUAAUAUCUUGCACCUCAAACGCUGUCUUGGCAUCUGCUUCCAGAAGGCCCAACCUGUGAUUGACAAUCUCUCUCUCUGUCUCCAAAUUGAGAAAGUCUAUCAAUCUUUUGACUGGACCAUGGCAAUAGCUCUUCCUCAUUUUUCUCCUGUUCUCUAAUUUCUCUAAUCCUCUA